AAACUGGCUGGUCAGCACAACUCUCCUCCAUCUACAUUCUCUUCCUUGUGGCCAUGGUUACGCUCACCUCCCUCAAAGCGGCCCUGAGGCAGACAGCCACGGGAUCAGCCCCAAAGCAGUAUCUCUCGGACGCACAGUACGCCGAAGGCUUCAAUAUCUUUUCGCAGGGCUUAGAAUAUGAAGAGUUUAUUGUUUCUCAGCUUUCUCAUCUGCUGGCUCCCCUCUUUAAUCCGCGUCUCGAUAUCUCAGUGCUAGAGAUCGGACCCGGCCCGAAAAGUGUACUGGGAUGUCUUCCCAUCUCUCAACGACGGAAGAUCACGAAAUACAUUGCAUUUGAGCCAAAUACCCUGUUUGCUACAAAGGCGAAAGAAUGGCUCUGUGGCUCUGUGGAUUCAGAUUGCCCGCUGCCCUGUCUGGAAAGCCCGCCCAUUAUCCAUCAAGUCCCAUACAGUCUGGACAGCAACAAUGUUGAUGAGAAAUUCGACGUGAUUCUAUUUUGUCACAGCAUGUACGGCAUGAAACCCAGAGAAAAGUUCAUCGAAAAGGCGCUGGAGAUGCUCGUCGAACGACCAGGCGCAAUGGUGGUGGUUUUCCAUCGCAGGGAGAGCCUGCACCUCGAAAGAUUGCUAUGCCAUCGAACGACCCUUUUCCCUACCGGGAUUGUUCGGGUUGCAGAUGAGGACGCCGUGCUAAAUAACUUCGCUGCCUUCAUCGCCGGGUUUGCUCCGCAGGAUACCGAGGCGGACAAGGCUAUCCUAGUCGAGUGGCGUGGAGUGUGCCGCGAUCUGGGCCGUCGUGAGAAACCCCACACAGGCGAUCUCCUGUUCAGUUCGCCCAGCACCAUGGUAGCGUUUACCCGACAUGCAACGUCUCUGCUAGAGUUGACGGCACAGGUGCCUUGGGAAGGGGAUAAGAAAGUGAAGAACCGCGAGGCCAGUCUCCAUGGCUGUGCUUGUAUUGUUCAACCGACAGAGAUUCGACAUGUCCAACAGUGCAUUCAAUGGGCGCUAAAGCAUGAGGUCGGCCUGACUGUUCUUGGUGGAGGGCACAGCGGCCAGUGUUUGUGGCCCAACGUCGUCGCGGUCGACAUGGCUGCCUUUGACCAAGUCCAUCUUCUCACAGCUGGGGAUGGUUCUGUGGUAGUUGCCGAAUCCGGCUGCAAGACAGGGGAUAUCAUCCACAAGACCAUGGCAGCUGGCCUGACAGUGCCUUUGGGAGCCCGUCCAAGUGUAGGCGCAGGGCUAUGGCUACAGGGCGGUAUGGGGCACCUGUCCAGGCAACACAAGCUCUCUUGCGACGCCAUCAUUGGUGCUGUCAUGGUCACCGUCGACUCCAGCGAGAUCCUGUGUGUCGGCUGCGUCCCAGAGCGGCAUCGGCCAGUCGGUGCGGUGCGCCCAGACAAUGAAAAGGAACUUUUAUGGGCAAUCAAGGGCGCUGGGACCAACUUUGGCAUUGUACUUAGCGUUACUUUCAAAGCUUAUGCGGCUCCCAUGCACUUGGUUCGAAACUGGGUUUUCCCGCUGAGUGACAAUCUCGAGGCGAGGCACAAACUGCGCGAUUUCGAUCAUUUGAUUGCCAGAAACCAGCCGCGGAACUGCUCUGCAGACGCGUAUCUGUUCUGGGAUUCUGGUCAGAUGCAUCUUGCCGUGACUAUGUUCGAAUCGUCAACGAGUGGACGCAUCGCUGACACACCUCUUUCCACGUCUGUCAGCACAUUGUUGGGACCGGGUGAUGUUUCUGAGGCCGUGGAUUGCGUUGGUCUGUUUGAGGCGGAAAUGUACAUGUCCAAGAUGCACGGCGGUCACGGUGGUGGCAAGACCUCCGCAUUCAAACGAUGUUUAUUCCUAACGGAUAUAGGAGGAGUGGAAGUUGCAGAUAUCCUUGUCAGGGCGGUUCAGACUCGUCCCUCCCCUUUCUGCUAUCUCCAUCUCCUGCAUGGUGGUGGUGCUGUCAGUGAUGUGGCAGCGGAUGACACUGCUUUCGGCUGUCGAGACUGGGAUUUUGCCUGCGUGGUGACUGGUGUCUGGCCCCGCGACCAAGAUGGAACUGAUAUCGCUCAAGCCGCUGAGCAGUGGGUAUAUAAUGUUGCCAGGGAUCUUUUGCCCUUGAGCGCCGGAGUUUACGGCGCAGAUCUCGGGCCAGACCCUCGAGAUGCCGUGCUUGCAACCAGGGCUUUUGGGCCAAACCGCCGGCGUCUGGCCUAUCUCAAACGCACCCUUGACCCACAUAAUGUGCUGCCCUAUGCUUGCCCGCUCCUUCCAUCGCCGGUGAAACAGAAGGUCAUCAUUCUCGUCACGGGCGAAAGCGGCGCCGGGAAGGACUACUGCGCUGGGCUCUGGGUCUCCGAGCUUAGCAAGUACAAUAAAAGACUUACAGCGCGUGUAGCCAGCAUUAGCGACGCAACCAAGCGAGAAUAUGCCACAGCUACCGGUGCUGACUUGAACCUCCUACUUCGUGACCGUGCUUAUAAAGAGCAACACCGGCUAGCGUUGACGAAAUUCUUCCAGGACCAGGUGCAGCUUCGACCUCGGCUGCCAGAAGAGCAUUUUCUAGAUGUGAUUCAUGACGCUGUAGAUGUGGAUGUGUUACUAAUCACUGGGAUGAGAGACAAGGCUCCAGUUGUAGCAUUCUCACAUUUGGUGCCAGACAGCAGACUGAUCGAUGUCCGCGUUCAAGUUAGUCGAAGUACACGGCGGGCCCGCCUAGGGGUCUAUUGCAAUGAUUCCCAUGAUGGCAACGGCGAAAAGAACAAUAUCAAACCGGAAUCAACAGCGUUGGACUACCACCCCAGUCUCAUCUUUGACAACGACACUCCUGGAGAUGAAGUGGCAAAAGGCUUUGCAGAGCGCUUUCUGUUUCCAAUGUUUGAUGAUGACCUGCAGCGACUGGUCAGCAUGGUGCCCUCCAUCCCCAACUUCCCAUCCCCAAACAUCGAGUUCCGCCAUGUGCUCGACAUCUCCCAGCAGCCGGGCGGGCUGGCCUUGUGCACGUCUCUGCUUCACUCUCACUUCAUUGGCGAUUGGGGGCAAGUCGAUGUGAUCGCGUCUUGUGAGGCCGGUGGCUUUGUCUUUGCAUCGGCUUUGGCCUUGCGGGUUGAUGUGCCCCUGACGCUCAUUCGAGAAGCCGGCAAGCUUCCCCCGCCUACAUUUUCCAUCCCCAAAUCUGCAUCGCAUAUCUCGUCUUCGGGAUCCAGCGAUUCCAAAGAGACAAGAAUCGAGAUGAGUCGCAAUUCGAUCCCCAAGGGCGCGUCAGUGGUGGUUGUGGAUGAUGUGCUUGCCACUGGGAAGACAUUGUAUGCGGUAUUGCAGCUCUUAGAGGAAGCUGGCAUCAGUCCAGAAAAUGUUCAUGUCCUGGUCGUGGCCGAGUUUCCUGUCCACCGUGGCCGCGAGUUUCUGUAUCGACGUGGCUUUGGCAGAGUCAAUAUUCAAAGCCUUUUGGUCUUUGGUGGUGUUUAGGAGCUUCCAUAUGUGGAAUAAUCAAAGGAAAGAUGCAGUGUAAUAAACAUUCAUUAAAAUAGGGAGGGAGUGUAGCGAGUAUCUAACAGAUUGUACAAUUUCCUAAUGAUGAUGCACCUUUAGAACUGGACAGCAGCUGAUCGUUGUAAUAAAUACACAAGCAAGGGUUGUCCAAGGCGCAUCAGGCCAGACUGCUGCAUCCGAAAUAUCAUCGGUUCCUCCACCAAGGAGAUCUUCUAUUAGCUGAGUACUCUGAGCGUCUAGGUUUUUCUCAGCUAUAUAUGCCACCGUCCGUUGGCCAACAUCUCCCCAGCCAUGGAUGAGUUGAGAUUUACAAAGGAAGACUGAGAAGGCCCAACCACAUC